AUGACAUGGCCGUGGCGUCUUUGGGCUUUGCUCGUGCCCUUCAUCCCAAUCACAGCUGCCCUACCUACGGUCCUGAAACCUCUCUCAUUCUCAAACGACACAUUACAUCGGCAAGCUCAUGACCACUGCGGUCUAUCAACCAGCGCAUACAGAUUCACUGUUUACUUACUCGACCAGGCAGGCUUUGAUGCCGCUGGUUACUAUGCCGACGAUACGAGCUCCUUUUGCAUAAGUCUGUACGAUUCGCGCGCCGAGCAUGUACUCACUUGUGCUGGCCUUCUGCAAUUCGCAGCGCCAUGGACGCGAUUUUGGUGCACGCUUACCGUUGAGCCAUAUCGUGUACAAAUCAGUUUCUACUUUCCCAUGCACAACGAUCGUCGAAUCAUUUUCAUGGACGCUACUGGAAUCUAUAGGAACCGUCAAGUGGCGGUCCAAGGCUACAAGAUUCGCGGUGCCAGCCAGAUAUCCGCUUUGGCUACGGAAAAGAGGGAUGAUGCCAUGAUUGCGCCGCGAAGCAAUGAGCUCGAAAUUCAUUGCCUAACGCCGCCUGGCGCCUACGAGUUUACUGCUCUCUUUCUCUUUGAGGCAGGUUUCUGGAUGAGCGGUUAUUAUACAGACUCAAGCGGAGACCUAUGUGUGGACAUAUAUGCGCUUGACUCAGCCUAUCUCGAGACGUGCGAAGGUUCCUUAAUUUUCCAGGAUCCUUGGGAGCCUAUGGUCUGUCUCCUCUAUCGUGACGUGUAUCACCUUCAACUUGAUUUCAGAUUCCCAAAUCACCUGGAUCAGCACGACAUUGACGUGGACGUAACAGGAAGCUACUUGGGUCGCCAGGUUGAGUUUCUAGAUUAUCCGAUUAGAAAUGAUGGAAUUUCGAAGACUGUAGUGGAGAAAAGAGACUCGGAUGCAGAUUCUGCUUCUACUCACUUAGCAGCUCGAGGUAAUUGCAACCCCUCAUUCGGUGAUUACAUCAUCGAGAAGACUCCGGUACCUGUAGCCCAAAUAUCUGUCUCUGGAUACUACGAUGAUACACUGAGUCUCAUCUGCCUCGACGUGUUCAACCCAGGCGAGCAUCUCCUAGCUUCUAGAUCUGGCCCAUUGACAUUCAGACCACCAUUCACACCAUUUGCAAUAGAAGUGACAACCUCUCGACCUUCAUAUUACAGACUUUAUUUAGCGGUAUAUUUCCCUUCUGCCGUCGACAAAACCCCAAUCUGGAUGAGUGUCUCUGGGAGCAUUGACGACGAGCCUGUCACAGACUAUGGAGUAGUCUUGAGAAAGCAGAGUGAGGUUGCUGCCACCCAGGUUGAGCGAAGAGACGAUGCUGCUCCCGUGGCCGCACCGAUCGGGGUACCUGGAGCCCUCACGCACAACGAACUGACCUGGUCCGAAACGCUGCUGCCGUCGCAGUUCUCGGAACUCGCCGGGCCGAUCCCGGGACAUGAUCUUGUUGGCAUCGUCAAAGCAACUUUUGCAGCCGCGGGUGAGGUUGAUGGCGGGGCGGGGAAACUAGGGACGAAGUUCAAGGUGGGCGAUAAAGUGGUGGGCCUGUUGGCUUUUAAUCGCGGGGGUGCGGCGGCCGAGGAGGUCGUUGCCCAGGAGGGGGAGAUGGCGGGUGUGCCGGUGGGGUUGGUGGGAGAUCUUGACGCGGAGGGGAAGGAGGGUGGUGAGGGGAAGGGGUGGGAUAUGUUGGCCACGGUGCCGCUUAGUGGGUUGAGUGCGUGGCAGGCGCUUUUCGAGCACGCAGGGGUGGACGCGGUGUUUGAUGGGCUUGAAAAGGGGAAGAAGAAGGUGCUUGUCACGGGCGCGUCGGGGAGUGUGGGGGUCUUGGUCGUGCAGAUGGCGAAAGCGGCCGGGUGUUGGGUCGUGGGCAGCUCGAGUGGGAGGAAUGAGGAGUUCGUGAGGGGGUUGGGCGCUGAUGAGGUGGUGGAUUAUACGAAGUGUAAGCACCUGGAGGACGGGUUUGAGAAGAAGGGGCUCGGGGUCGUGGAUGUGGUCGUUGAUACGGUUGGGAAGGAGACGCUGGUGCAGGCGCUAAGCGAGAAAGUGCUUCGGAAGGGAGGCAGAGCUGUCAGUCUCGCUAUGGGCUUGGAGGACUGUGGACCAAAUGGCGAGAAAGCUGCGCUGGAGGUCAAAGAGCGAGAGAUCGAGUUCAAGUUCUUUAUUGUGAGGCCGGAUGGAGGGCAACUCGCCAAGAUCAUGGACUUGGUGGCUGCGAAGAAGGUCAGAGGAGUUGUUGCAGGAGUCUAUGAUCUGGAAAAGGGGAAAGAAGCCAUGGAAGUCGUCGAGAGCGGGAGAGUCAGGGGUAAGAUUGUUCUGAAAGUUGCGGACAUGAAUGCGACCUAG